GGUGCUGUUUUUACAGAUUCACUAUUGUAACCAAAUAAUUUCCCAACUCUUCGGGAAUUAUGGAUCCUAUUUCUAAAAGUCUUUAUCCAAUCAAUGAUGAAAAUAACAGCAGUACACAAAAUUGGAGUCAAGAUCCAGAUUUAACAGAUCAGAAUCAAGUCCCCUUAUCUACAACUGCAAUUCAGUCUGUUUCAGAUGAUGAUAACCAACCCAUUGUUGAACAACCGUUUAAAAAGCCAAAAUUGAUUAAUGUGCACAAUGUAGAUUCAUCACAAACUAAAAAAGGUGAAUCUCAUACUAUUUCAGUCACUGAUCAUUCAUCUGUUCCUUCAUCAUCUACUCAUAUAUCAGAAACUGUAACAAAUCAAUGUGAAGUUGAAAUUUUAACUAAUACUAAUUUGUUAGAUGAUGAAGAAACAGUUGAAGAUGAUGACGAUGAAGAAGAAGUGGAAGAUGAUGAUGAAGAGGAAGAAGAGGACGAUGAAGAUGACAGCGCUACUGUACUUGGUGAUGCAGAUACUGAAUCUGUUGUCAGUGAAAUUCUAUCAUCUGCACUACUACAAGAAAAAGAAGCAAGAAAAAUAGAAGAUCGUAAAUUACUGGCUUUAUUGGCACAUUUUGAUGAGGAACAGUUAAAUCGAUUCGAAACAUUUCGAAGAGCUACAUUUACUAAAGCUGUAGUAAGACGACUAAUACAAUCUGUAGCUCCAUGUUCAGUUUCACAAAAUGUAGUUAUCGCUAUGGCUGGCUUAACAAAAGUUUUUAUUGGAGAAUUAGUUGAAGAAGCAUUAAAUUACAAAGAAAAAUUAGGUGAAAAUGGACCGUUAAAACCAAAGCAUAUUAGAGAGGCUUAUCGUAUCUUGUCAAAUGAACGACGAUGCUGUCCAGAAACACCAGAAAAUCCUCUUUUAUAACAUGUGUGUAUAUGUGUUUUAAAGUGUUUUUUAUCUCUAUCAAUGUGUUAAUGUAUUUUAACUUCUUCCCUAAAUAAAAAAAUGAACACUUGUAA